AUGAAAAACACCAUCGAAUUCGACGAAAUCAUCAUUGACAGAGGAGAGGGACUACAGUAACUAAACCCCACUUUUUGCUCUUUUAUUCUCUUUUUCAGCUUGGCUUAUCUAUUUUUCGUAGUGCCGUUUAUAAUUUUACACGUGCAGUACUGUCUGUACGUUCGGAAGCAAAUGCGUAUUAAGAGACAGUUCCGGGCGGUCAUUCGGAGCACGAAAAGAAAUCGGAAAGGGGUGAAGCCGUCGGCUGAAUAA